UCCUUUUCCCCGACCGCGAAAAUUUCGAAACACUCUCGGGAGAAGGAGAGUGAAGCGACCCAGAACUGCCCGUCUUCCCCCCCCCCCCCCCCCCGCGCUUGUUCUCUUCCCCUCCCCGGAGAUCGGAUCUCCUCGCCAUAUUUCUUUAUCUCGCAAUCCGCGGGGCAGCGAAUCUUGAGGCAGUUUUCCGAUCUCCUAUCCGCUUGUUGAGGUUUUCCGGCCAGAGGCCGGGAGGCGGAAGUUAGGGUUUCUCUCGGAGCAGAUCCGGUGUUUAGGGUUUUAGUAAGGGAAGGGAUUGUUCGGGUUGGAGAUGGCGGGGGAGGUACAGAGCUGGGUUCUGAUGGCUACAGCGAGGGCUCCGACCAACAUUGCGUUGAUCAAGUACUGGGGGAAGCGCGACGAGGCCCUGAUCCUUCCAACCAAUGAUAGCAUCAGCGUCACGCUCGAUCCAGAUCAUCUCUCGGCGACUACUACUGUUGCUGUUAGCCCUAGCUUCAAGCAAGAUCGGAUGUGGCUUAACGGCAAGGAGAUCUCGCUCUCUGGAGGGAGGUACCAGAACUGCCUGAGGGAAAUCCGGAAACGUGCAGGUGAUGUUGAGGAUGAGAAGAAGGGCGUUCGGAUAAAAAAGGAAGAUUGGGAGAAAUUGCAUUUGCACAUUGCUUCGUAUAACAACUUCCCCACUGCUGCUGGAUUGGCUUCUUCGGCUGCCGGAUUUGCCUGUCUUGUUUUUACCCUCGCAAAGUUAAUGAAUGUGAAGGAAGAGAAUGGAGAUCUUUCUGCUAUUGCAAGGCAAGGGUCAGGCAGUGCAUGUCGCAGCAUGUAUGGUGGAUUUGUCAAAUGGACCAUGGGAAAUGAUGCUGAUGGGAGCGACAGCAUUGCAGUUCAACUUGCUAGUAACACACAUUGGGAUGACCUUGUUAUUAUUGUAGCUGUGGUAAGCUCAAAGCAGAAAGAAACAAGUAGCACCACAGGAAUGCGUGGGAGUGUCGAGACGAGUCCACUCUUACAAUAUCGGGCCAAGACAGUAGUCCCUAGUCGAGUGUUGCAAAUGGAAGAAGCGAUCAAAAGUUGUGAUUUUGCAUCUCUUGUCGGGUUAACCUGUGCAGAUAGCAAUCAGUUCCAUGCAGUUUGCUUGGAUACUAGCCCCCCUAUAUUCUACAUGAAUGAUACAUCACGCAGGAUAAUCAGCCUUGUUGAAAGAUGGAACCGGUCUGAAGUAUCACCGCAGGUGGCUUACACUUUUGAUGCGGGGCCGAAUGCUGUUCUGAUUGCGCCAAACCGAAAAGUGGCCGGUCUUCUGCUUCAGAGACUCUUGUUUCAGUUCCCCCCACUUCCAGACAAUGAGUUGGCUAGCUACAUAUUAGGGGACAAAUCAAUACUGCGUGAAGCUGGUUUGCAAUCGAUGAAAGAUGUUGAAGAUCUCCCACCACCUGCGGAAAUCAAGGAUAAGGCUCCGUUUCAAAAAUUUCCAGGUGAUGUUAGCUAUUUCAUCUGCACUAGGCUUGGGAGCGGUCCGAGGCUGCUAACUGAAGAAAAUCAAGCUCUCAUUAGUUCUGAAACUGGACAUCCAAAGUGAACUACUGCAAGGAGACGAACGAUUUUCAUCGGGUUUACCUUGUAGUUUCUUUUCCAUCAAGCAUGAUGAAUAAAUUUGUUGGUUGGAAAUAAUCCCUUAAUAUGCCCAAAUAUCACCAAAUAUGACUUUGAUGACGAAUCUCCCACUUGCACGAGGAUGGCUUUUCAUCCUACGUUGCACCAAUCCAGGAAUUCUGAACUAGGAUCUGUGCCCUUAAAUUUUGUACCCUAAGGCUAAUUUGUGGCGGAGAAGUGUAACUGUUGCAUUAUUUUAGGCUUUCCUUUCUGAUCUUUUCGUCCUGUUUUGAACUUGUUAAUCUCAAGUUUGUUUUGUCUCUUCCAUUUCCAUCAA